AACACUCAACAAUCAACAUGGCAGAUGCUACAAUUGAGACACCGAUCCCGAGUGAACUUGAAAAUGCUACUUCUGUUAAUGGAACGGCCAAAAUACCAGCCACUCCAGAGGGAAUGGCUAUUGCAUAUGGAAGCUUGUUUCUAAUGGCUGUAGUGCCCAUUUUCAUAGGUUCAUUCCGUUCGGUGACAUUCCAUAAGGAACAAAAAGAUUCAGGUGAGAAGCCUGAAACCAUGUCCCACAAGGAUGCUGCAAUGUUUCCUAUUAUAGCUAGCUGUGCUCUCUUCGGUAUAUAUUUAGUUUUCCAGAUUUUUUCCAAAGAAUACAUUAAUCUGUUGCUGACUGUAUAUUUUUUUAUUCUUGGUGUUCUUGCUUUGACUCACAUUGUGGGACCAAUUUUUAGCAAAUUUCUUCCAUCCUCAUUUCCUAACAAAGAUUAUCAUUUAAUUCUAACUCAAGGAAAAGGAGAUAAAAAAGAAGAUCUGAUGAAUUAUGAAUUUGACCGCAAAGAUCUGGUCAGCCUUGGAAUUUGUGGUGUCUUUGGUAUUUGGUACCUUUGGAAAAAGCACUGGAUUGCAAACAAUCUGUUUGGCCUUGCCUUCUCAAUCAAUGGAGUUGAGCUGCUCUCUCUGAACCGUGUCAGCACUGGUUGCAUUUUGCUUGGAGGUCUCUUCAUUUAUGAUAUUUUUUGGGUGUUUGGAACCAAUGUCAUGGUAACUGUUGCUAAAUCAUUUGAAGCCCCUAUUAAGUUGGUCUUUCCCCAAGAUAUCCUGGAGCAUGGUCUGGGUGCCAGUAACUUUGCUAUGCUUGGACUUGGUGACAUUGUUAUACCUGGUAUAUUCAUUGCUUUAUUGCUGCGGUUUGAUAUGAGCCUCAAGAGGAAAAGCAAAGUUUACUUCUGUGCUGGAUUUGUGGCUUAUUGUUUGGGUUUGGGCAUCACCAUUUUCAUCAUGCAUUUCUUCAAGCAUGCCCAGCCAGCACUGCUGUACCUAGUGCCCUCCUGUCUUGGUUUGCCAACAGUUGUUGCUCUGUUUAAAGGGGACAUCAAAGCCAUGUUCAAUUAUGAAGACCACUCUGAAACACCAGCUGCUCAAGAAACUGAAAAGACAAAGUAAUGUUGGACAAACAGAACUGCGAUGGAGGCUUGGACAAACAGAACUAGGAUAGGAUGGGGGCUUGGACAAACAGAACUGGGAUAUGAUGGGGGCUUGGACAAACAGAAUUGGGAUAGGAUGGGGGCUUGGACAAACAGAACUGGGAUAGGAGGGGGGCUUGGAAAAACAGAUGUGGAAUAGGGGCUUGACUAUUUUAACUUUUUAUAGUGUUAAGUAAUGAAAAUAAUUUUUAAGCAUCAGUUUAUUUUUAUCCAGUCCUAGAUAUGUAUUUAUGUUUAUAUACAUACAUGUAUAUAUAUAGAUAUAUGCACACACACAAAUUGAUCCCUUAUAAUAGUUCUGAGCAGUUUUAAGUGUAAUUUUAAAAUGACAUUUCUAACAAAUAUCCUUUGUAGUAUUAACACUAACUUUUGGAAUUUUGGCUAGCUGAUUAAAAAGUAUAUUUGAUAAUUAAAGUGGAUUAAGCAUUUUUAUCUCCCUUCUGCUGAAUUGUAAGCAUUGUUUACUUUGUUGUUUCAAUCUUUAUGAGUAAAAAAGUUUAAAUCAUGACAUAUUUUAUUGGGUUCUUUAUGGAUACAAAUUUACAUAUUUAUUUGUUGUGUUUUUUUUUUAGUUCAACCUGGAGGUCAUUAUUUCAAGUAGUGAUAUUUUUCUUAAACAAAAUAGAUAACUUUUCAUUAAAUUUUUAUUUUUCCAUCAGUGUUUUUGUCAUGAUCCACUCAUUGAGGUAUGAAUUUUAAAAAUGUGUAUCUAAGUUGGCAUCAAAGAAAUUAAGUAUCACAUUUGAAUGAGUGAAAACAACUCAUGACUGUUAGAUAUUAUAAUUCGAAUGAAAGUAUUACCAUAGCAUGCAUUUAAUUAAUGAAUGGUGCAAGUCUUUGCUGUUGGUGGAACUUGUGAAAACAAUCACAAUAUAUAGUUAAAGCUCAUUUAUACAAUUGUUUUAAAAUAAGAAAUUUCAUAUUUUUUAACAGGACUUGUUAGAGGUUGCAGAUUUUUGUUGGUGUGAUGUGAAAACGUAAUGAUGUACAUGGGUCAUUUAUUUAUUUUUAACAGCUUGGUUUGAUUGUUGCAUUAUUGUAUUUGAUUUGUAAAAGCAGAUUGUGUUUUUAAUUCAGACAUUCAUAUGCUACUAUAUCUGUAAAGUCAUUUCUAUUGGUUUUUCACACAAUUCAGUUUCUUCAUAUAUUGUUGAUAUGAGAAAGCACACUCUAUAAAAUACUGGUGUCUGGUUUAAAUCUAAUUUUCUUCAACUUUUCAAAAUUGCUUUAGCUAUUGAUCAUCUUACAUUAAUUUAUGUCCCACAUUUUUGUAGUUUGUUUCUGUUGUCUAUUAUUCUAUAAACCUUAGGUUACAAAGUUUUAUGGUAUAUUUUCUUUAAAACUAAAGGGUCCUUCAACACGACUACAUAGGAAGGAUCUGGAAUGUUUCUUUUGAUUUUCAGUGAGGACAAAUCUAAGUGUAAGCCAGCUUUCUUACAGCUGCCUGUGUUUGGUGCUGAAGUGUAAGCUAGCUUUCUUACAGCUGCCUGUGUUUGGUGCUGAAGUGUAAGCCAGCUUUCUUACAGCUGCCUGUGUUUGGUGCUGAAGUGCAAGCCAGCUUUCUUACAGCUGCCUGUGUUUGGUGCUGAAGUGUAAGCUAGCUUUCUUACAGCUGCCUGUGUUUGGUGCUGAAGUGUAAGCCAGCUUUCUUACAGCUGCCUGUGUUUGGUGCUGAAGUGUAAGCUAGCUUUCUUACAGCUGCCUGUGUUUGGUGCUGAAGUGUAAGCCAGCUUUCUUACAGCUGCCUGUGUUUGGUGCUGAAGUGUAAGCCAGCUUUCUUACAGCUGCCUGUGUUUGGUGCUGAAGUGUAAGCCAGCUUUCUUACAGCUGCCUGUGUUUGGUGCUGAAGUGUAAGCCAGCUUUCUUACAGCUGCCUGUGUUUGGUGCUGAAGUGUAAGCCAGCUUUCUUACAGCUGCCUGUGUUUGGUGCUGAAGUGCAAGCCAGCUUUCUUACAGCUGCCUGUGUUUGGUGCUGAAGUGUAAGCCAGCUUUCUUACAGCUGCCUGUGUUUGGUGCUGAAGUGUAAGCCAGCUUUCUUACAGCUGCCUGUGUUUGGUGCUGAAGUGUAAGCCAGCUUUCUUACAGCUGCCUGUGUUUGGUGCUGAAGUGUAAGCCAGCUUUCUUACAGCUGCCUGUGUUUGGUGCUGAAGUGUAAGCCAGCUUUCUUACAGCUGCCUGUGUUUGGUGCUGAAGUGCAAGCCAGCUUUCUUACAGCUGCCUGUGUUUGGUGCUGAAGUGUAAGCCAGCUUUCUUACAGCUGCCUGUGUUUGGUGCUGAAGUGUAAGCCAGCUUUCUUACAGCUGCCUGUGUUUGGUGCUGAAGUGUAAGCCAGCUUUCUUACAGCUGCCUGUGUUUGGUGCUGAAGUGUAAGCCAGCUUUCUUACAGCUGCCUGUGUUUGGUGCUGAAGUGUAAGCCAGCUUUCUUACAGCUGCCUGUGUUUGGUGCUGAAGUGUAAGCCAGCUUUCUUACAGCUGCCUGUGUUUGGUGCUGGCUCCUGGAACCUCCAAAUGUUGAACUUAGCAUCUACAAGUUCUGACAAGAAGCUUAAAAUAGCAUUUUGGUUUAGGUACACUAAGUAGGUUUUAUAAACAGGCUUAAAAAUAAAGGCGUAUUUGUUCAGUAAACUUAGUGAUCUUUGAGUGAAAAUGUUAAGACAAAAGUUUGGUCAAUUUCAUCCGGAUUCAUGUUUGGUUAUACUCCAAAUUAAAACAUUUUUCAAUAUUUGUCACUGCCAAUGUUAAAUCAAAUUAGAAUAAAAAUUAUAAUCAAAAUGUAGUGCUGAAUAACCUCUUUCAUUUGAACUUAGUUUCUAGUGUAUCAACUAUUGUUGAAAUCAUUACAUCACA